CCUACAGAGGUUGCUCCCGUCGGUCCGCCCUGACGGGCCUCUGUCUCUCUCGCGUCGCCAUGUUGGUGAGGGCGGGCGCGGCGCUGCUCAGUCUACCCCGCCGCCCCCCCUUGUGGAUAGGUGGGGGCGGAGGGAUGAGGCGGCUGAGCGGGGGCGCCCCUCCCCCACCCGCGGCAGUUCGGUGCUUCCCGCUCAGCCGCGCGCUCCUGCGCGUGCAGGGACCCGAGGCGGACACGUUCUUGCAGGGCCUGCUCACUAAUGACGUGGCGCGACUGCUGUGGGGCGGGGUGGACCGUCCCCCGGAGGGCGGGGUUCCCUCGCCACAGACCUCGCCCCCUCUACGCGCUCAGUACACGCAUGCGCUCAACGUGCAGGGCCGGUGCCUCUAUGAUAUCAUCCUCUACAGGCUUCAUGAAAGUCAAGAAGAGGAACCAAAUAUCCUGCUGGAGUGUGACUACUCAGUGCUGGAUUCUGUUCAAAAGCAUUUGAAAUCGUACAAGAUCCGGAGGAAAGUAAACAUAGCCCCCUGCCUUGAUCUCUCGUUAUGGGCAGUCAUCCCAGAGGAACAGUCUGGAGAUGUUUCCAGUACCCUUGAUAAAUGUGCAGACAAAACUUUGGUUUUAACUCCUGAUCCCAGAGGAGAAGUCAUGGGUUGGAGAUUGAUUACAAACAAAGAGGAAAAUCCACUAAAAAUUGUCCCUGGAAGUCAUAUAGGAAAUAUUAGCGAUUAUCAUAAGCACAGGUACAAACAAGGAAUAGCUGAAGGCGUAAAAGACAUCCCCCCAGGAGUAGCCUUACCCCUGGAAUCCAACCUGGCCUACAUGAAUGGAAUCAGCUUUACCAAAGGCUGUUAUAUUGGACAGGAGUUAACAGCUAGGACCCACCACACGGGUGUCAUCCGCAAACGCCUGUUGCCAGUGCAGCUUUCAGCUCCUUUGCCAUUGGGAAGCAUCCCCGAGGGUGCUGCGAUCUUAACUGAAUCGGGAAAGUCAGCUGGCAAGUACCGGGCUGGUGGAGAUGAACUUGGCAUAGCUUUGCUGCGAUUAGCGAACAUAAAUGAGCCACUUCAUAUCAAUUUACCAGGCGACACUAGUGUGAACCUUACUGCAUCUAUACCUAACUGGUGGCCAAAAACUACCAACAAAUAAAUGAGGGAUCCUCUGCAGUACAUCUGCCUUACUUAAUAAACUUUGUCUGAUAAGCUGGGAAAUUCAUUCACUCUCAUACUCCCUUCCAUCAUAUUUUCCUUUUGUCUUUAUCUUUUAUUUGCAGCACUUGAGCAGGGUGUAUUACAGAAGGGUCCUUGGGAGCUGGGCCAAAAGGCAGAAGGAACCUGAUGCAUCAGCGAGUCACUGACAAAACAAGGGCUAAAGUGGAGAAGCACAUAGGAGAGCAGAGAAAUAUUCAGCAAAGUCUGUAAAGUUCACCUUGUGGAGUUCCUGCUGCUUGCUUCCCCUUAAGGGAGAGGUGUAUGGGGAGGGAGAUUAAGGAGACUUGGGCUGUGCUGGGCAACUAGGCUCCAUCCCUGAAGAUCCUUGACCCAGCCACAGCACUCUUGUGGCCCACGCUCUCCCUCUGUGCCCUCUACCGUACUUCACUCGCUCAAAGAGAGUGAAGACAGGCCGAUUAUUGCUAGUUGUAUCAGUCCCAUGGGAAUUUGCAAGGUACAGAGGAGAUCUCUGUACUGACUUCCACUACCUGGUUAGCUCACCCAAAGCCAAGGUCCCACAGCUAUGCAAAGAGGGACUUCCACGGGCUCUGGGACCAUAGAGGAGCCUGUCACAGAGACACUGCUCCCCAGCUGUGUGUCUGGGAGCUUUGCUGAGAGUUUUUGUUUCCUCCCACGACAUAGUGGAUGGUUACACACAGGGGUGGCUCUAGCUUUUUUGCCGCCCCAAGCACGGCAGGCAGGCUGCCUACCGCGGCAUGCCUGCGGGAGGUCUGCCAGUCCCACGGAUUUGGCGUACCCGCCGCCAAAUUGCUGCCGAAUCCGCGGACCUCCUGCACGCAAGUCACUGAAGGCUGCCUGACUGCCGCUCUUGCAGGAACCGGCAGGGUGCCCCCCGCGGCUUGCUGCCCCAGGCACGCGCUUGGAGCGCUGGUGUCUGGAGCCGCCGCUGGUUACAUAUAGCUUGAAGAGUCUCUUUGGAGCAGAGGGAGGAGGCUUGGCAUGGGUGAGGAAUAUUAAGGAGUCCAGUGGGGCCAUUAAGGAAUCCAGCCCCUACUCUAUGUGAGAGUGCCCUGUGUUUAUUUGGGUGGUGCUGGAUCUGGGCCCUGCUGAGUCUGCCCUCCAUUGGAUAGAUCAAAACUUAUUCUGAAUAUAGUGCUGCAUAUAUUGAAAUGCUGAAACAGGAGGUGGGAAUAGGAAUUUUAUCACAAUAUGUGUCAAAUGUUUUUAUGUCAGGAUUAUUUCUGUGGUAUUGUAAGGCUUUUUAACAGGAGUGUGCUGCCCAUUUCUUUCAGUAGCAUGUGUUUUUGCUACACUCUGGCCAAAAUGUUUACUGUGAAUGUUCCUUGCAUCAGGCUUUCAGCACCGGUCCUAAAUUGCUGAUUGAUGAGAACUUUUUUUGUCAUUACUGUUAACUCUCUCUGAAGGAAAAGGAAUGGAUUGUACUGAGCGUUUGAAAUAAGGAUUUUGCUUUUAAUACUUGACCACAUGGGUGAGCAAUGUAUGCAGAUGCUGUAACAUCAGUAUGCACUCUACUGCUGCAAGGUCAGCAGAGGGAACACAAUGAUCAAUGGUAUACCCAGAGCUGCCCUGCCACGGCCAGGAUACUGGUAAUAAAGGCCUGAUCUAUGCACUGGUUUUGUGCCAGUAUAACUAUUUCAUGUCGGGGUGUGAUACUUUACUGAAAUAGGUACGCCGGUACAACCCCUAGUCUGCACACAAUUAUACUUGUAUAUAGAUGCCUUCCCCAUCCUUUAUGGGAAUAAACUAUAUUGAUAUGAACAACUUUAUACCAGUAUAACUGGUUUAACUUUGUCGGCAAAUGUUGAGAUUUUGGUUGGCAGAAAUCACAAAUAAGUGUACGUAUAUGCUAGAAAUGCUACAGUGGGACAGCUACCGCUGUGCCACUGUAGUUGUAGGCACUUGCUUCAGCGACAAAAGGGGUUGUUUUAUCACCGUAGUAAAUCCACCUCUCUGAGAGGUGGUAGGAAGGUUUGACAGAAGAAUUCUUCCGGUGAUCUACACUGGGGCCUCGGUUGGCUUAACUAUGUUGCCCAGGGCGUAACAUUUUUCACAGUCCUGAGUGAUGUAAUUGAGCUGACCUAACUUUAUAGUGUUGAUGAGGCCUGAGUGUAGACAUAUGCAAAACUGUGCUGCCAAAAGGAAAAUUUUGCCAGUAAAACUUUUUAGUGUAGACCAGGCCUAAGUUUAUCCAUGCUGACACUUUAAAUAUACUAGUAUGGUUAAUAGUUAAAAGAAUACAACUUUAUGUGUAGACAAGCCUAAAUAAAGGUUCUAAGAACACAUAAAUAAAAUAUUAGGACCAUGUGCCUUGUGAUUCUUUAAAAAAAAAAAAAAAAAAAAAAAAAAACCAUCAGGAGGCAGCCAAAACUCCAGGCUGUAUGACUGUUCCCACAUAAUCUCUUCAAAGCCAAUGAAGGGACAUAUCCCCUCCCCAAGGUGAAAUUUCCACUCCUUCCCUGCCAACAUGAAUCUCAGCCCCAUAGAGGGCUCUCUCUGGGGGAUGGGGGACAGUGCCCUAGAUAUGCAGGAGGGAGUAACAAUCCUGCCUUCUAUGAGAAAGUGCUGAGUGGAGCCUGUGCAGUGCCCUAUGGAUCUGAGGCCUGCUUGCCACCCACACUCCUGUUCUUCCCAGCUGUCUAACUAUUUUGCCCUUAACUAGGGGGUUUCGCCAGGCCCUCACUUUCCUCACUGCUUCACUACUGCCCCCAUCCUCCAACGGCUUCAUGUGGCCCACAAAUAAGGCCUUGCUGAUGGCUCUUACCGGGGGUUUCUCUAGCCACCUGACUUCCUGGGUGCUCAAACCUGCACCCAAUAAUUUGGGGCCCCUUUGGCUACUUUUCCCAUCUUUGCACCUCCUUCCCACCCCACCGGCCUCCUCUGGGCCUCCUCUUCCUCACCCCCCUCUAACCCUAAACUAAUUUAUAGAAGCUGUGUGUGUUUUUUUAAAAUCAAUCAAUCAAUGUGAACUCAGAAGCGAGGUGUGUGGAAGAGGAGUGAGGGGGAUGAAUGAGUAGGGCCCUGAUUGAAUGGGUCUGGAAGGGGCCCAAGAUGAUGAACUACCCCCGUUUAAUAUUUGUUUGAAAUAACCAUUGUCCAAAGGGCAUUUUGUCAUUGCCUUGCUGUAGCCAUUACUGUGAAGUGAAAUGUAUAUGAAGAAUGCUCAUAUUCGUUAAAACUCCUCAGGCUUGCUGUAAAAGGAAUCUGUGGAAUUACUCAUUAAAAGUUAGCUUUGUCAAUG